AUGGCAAAUGAUGUAGAGGAAAAUCCUGGACCCACAAUAUAUGAUGUGGUUGAUCCAACUAAAACAAUAUGUGCAGAUUUUAGUCAGGGAAAUACAAAAAAGUUUCGACAAAAUGCUGGUAAACAAUGUUUAGCAAUGUCUUUGACUGCGAUAAUAUAUAAUCAUAUCACAAAUGCAAAUGAAUGGGAUUCAACUAUAUUAAAUUCCAUACUGUGUGCUGGAAAUAACCUUUAUUCUUUUAUAAGCAAUUCUGUUAACAAAAGCUAUUUGCUUUUGACUGAUGUGCCUGAAAUGGUUUCGGUUUUUGAUGGCAUUUAUUGUAUGCAAUAUGGUGACCCAUUUGCUGGCGACUUAUUCAUGGAAAACACCGCUCUACCUUAUUAUUCUAUAGAGAAUGCUCUUAAUAAUCUGUUCACGGAAACUCAUUCAAAUUAUCAACAUUGUAUGUUGACGAUUGGUUGUAAUACUGUUGCAAUUUUUAAGACUUCUGAAGGAACCUUUAAAGUAUUUGAUUCUCAUUCAAGAGAUUUAUAUGGGAUCCCACACUGCAUAUUAGCAUCUGUUGAUAGUAUAGAAAGCCUGUUGAUAUAUUUCCAGAGUACUGUACCUCCGGGUAAUGAAACACCCUUCGAAGUUAAAGGGGUAACUGUUCAGUUAAAUUCUGAUAUAACACAAAUAAGUGGACUUGCUUCAAGCGAAAGUGCAAAAGAGUGUGUGAAACAAAAUCAGAAAGAAAGCAGACUGGAAAAUGCUAGAAAGUAUAAAAAAGCAAAGCAAGCAGCAGAAACUGAAACUGAGAAACAAACUAGACUUGGAAAUGCUAGGGAGUAUCGAAAAGCAAAACGAGCUUCAGAAACUGAACAUGAGAAACAAACUAGACUUGAAAAUGCUAGGGAGCAUAGAAAAGCAAAGCGAGCUUCAGAAACUGAAAAUGAGAAACAAACUAGACAUGAAAGUGCUAGAAAUUACGAAAAAAGAAAACGAGGACAGGACACUGAGACUGAAAAGCAAACUUGUCUUGCCAGUGCUAGUCAGAACAAGAGAAAACGUUUGUGUGCUUCUACUCAAAUUCCAAAUCAGCAGGAUUAUUUAAAUAAAUUUGACAUUGAAAAAGAUGGUGGUAUUCAUGAACAGAGUUGGGCCAAAUUUAACAUUAAUAAAUUUUAUAAAUCUAUUCAAUUCUUUAUUAGUCAAUGCACUAUAUGUCAAGAAGCAUGGCCACUGAACUCUAAACCAAGGUCACCUGAUUGUUAUAUAUGCUCUCGAUGUGCUCGAGACACAAAAUCUCCCAGAAAGUUUUCACUUGAAAAUUCAAUGAUUCCUUCUCCAGUCCCAACCGAGUUACAAAAUUUAACACAAGUAGAGGAGAUGUUGAUUGCUCGUGCUCUUCCUAUCAUGAGAGUUUACAUUAAGCCUGGUGGACAACGAGGUUACUUGGGUCAUUGUGUUAAUUUGCCACAAAAUGUCAAGGAACUUGCAACAUCAUUGCCAAGAUAUCCCAAAGAUUUGUCAGUGAUUAUUGUCAAGGUCAAAGGUAAAGAUAACUCAUUUAGAGAUGUUUCUGUGAGAAGAGAAAAAGUACAUAAUGCAUUAUUAUGGCUUGUGCAAAAUAAUCCUCAUUAUGCUGAAUUAGAAAUUAAUGAAGAUGCAUUAAACUCUUUGCCUGAAAAUGGCAUUCCAGCAGAUCUCAUGACUGUUGAAACUGAAAAUGAAAUAAUCUCAAGUGAUGAUGUUAUGUCAGAUUUAGGUCCACCCACUGAAAAUCCUUCUGAAGAUAUUGUUUAUAACAACUCGACAGACAUGAAUAGUUUCUUGCCUGUUGGUGAACAGCAGGAACAAGAAAUAGAAGCAGUUAGAAAUCAGCUUUCUGCAAAUGAACCAAUGCCAUGGCCUGCUAUUGAAAGUGAGCCAUUAAAUGAAUAUCAGAUAUCACAUCUGGCCACUAUGGCUUUUCCAACGUUAUUUCCUGAUGGCAAAGGUGAUCCCACUAAUCAAAGUAUCUUGAGAAAUGUUCCUCUUCAAGAACGAAUAAAGCAUCUAUUGAAAUUUGCUGAAUCUAUUGAUGGUAAAUGGGUAUACCGUUUUGCUAACCACCCUAGAUUUUCAUACUGGGCAUUCAAUAUGAUUCACAGAAAACGUAUACUACAACAAAGUGGAAUAUUCAUUAAUUAAACAAAAUCCAGGUGAAGCACACCUCACUAUUGAUGAGCUACGUGAAAUGGCUCAGAGUGACAACUCUGCUUUAUUUUUGUCCAAAGUGUCCAGAUACAUUGGCAAUAUUGCAGGUACUAAUGCUUAUUGGAAUAAAGUGAGAGAGGAACUCAAAGCUAUAAUAACUAAUGUUGGAGCACCAACAUUGUUCUUUACUUUCUCAUCAGCAGAUAUGCACUGGCCAGAAUUACAUGCUCUUUUUGGAGCAAACACUGGUAACGCCACUAGUGAGGUAAGGCGACAAAAUGUUAUUAACAAUCCACAUAUAGUUGAUUGGUUCUUUACACAGAGACUAGACAAGUUUGUUAAACACUGGCUUUGUGAUACACUUGGUGCAAAAUGGCACUGGUUUAGAUAUGAAUAUCAAGGUAGAGGUAGUAUCCAUUGUCAUGGUACUGCUAAACUAAAUAAUGACCCAGGUUUGUGUCAACUUACUCAGACUGCUCUAAAAGGAUUCUUGGCUCAAAAAGUUAAGGAAAAGAAUGAUUGUCCUGAUACAACAGAACUAGACCAGGAUAUUGAAGCUGGCAAGAAAGCAGCUGAGACUGCCUGUCAGUAUGUUGAUUGGUUAUUGUCGACUGUCAAUCCCAAUCCUCCAGAUGAGGAUAUGUGGAUACGACCUGAGAUCCACCCAUGCCAGAAACAUCAUAAUGACAUUCCUGAGUUUGAUGUACAAUCUGAUUAUGUAGACCUUUUGAAUAUGGUUCAACGACAUACUCGUUGUAGCACAAGUUAUUGCCUUAGAAAAAAAUCUGGUGAAUCAGAAUUGAAAUGUAGAUUUCAUUUUCCAUUUGACCACUGCUGUCGGACAAAAUUAGAAUUUGAAGAAAUUGACACUAAAGGUGACAACAUACAAUAUAGAGCAAAAAUUAUUACUAAAAGAAAUGAUUCAAGGUUGAACAAUCAUCAACAACUUCAGCUGCAGGCCUGGAGAGCUAAUUGUGAUAUACAAGUAGUUAUUGACCACUAUGCUUGUGUAGAAUAUCUGACUAAAUAUGCUGCUAAAGGUGAGCCAAGGUCGCCAAUCCUCAAACAAGCAUUCAAUUCUAUUGUCCAAAAUGUUGACAAUAAUACUGACCCUCAUAGAGCCAUCAAGAAGAUAGUAAUGAAAUCUCUUGGUGAAAGAGAUUAUGCAGCUCAAGAGACAAUGCAUCAUUUGCUGUCUUUAAAACUCCAUAGUUCAUCAUUUAAAGUUAUUCCAGUGAGCCUAAAUGGUUCACGUAGAGUACGUAACAAUAUAUCUAUUGAAGAUGGUGAUUCUUGUACUGAUAAUUCACUUCUUGACGUUUAUGCUAACCGUCAAGAAUAUGACAGUUCACAAACAAUUAGGGACAUGAACUUUGUACAAUUUGCAACAACGUACACAGUUGUUAACAAUGAGCUCUCAAAAUUACCAGAGAAUGUUGUUCCAAGGGUAUUUCCAACCUACUCUCCUAACCCGAAAGGUCCUAAUUUUGGGCUGUAUUGCAAGUAUCAACUUUUGAGGUAUAAACCCUGGAGCACAACCCAAAACAAUGCAUGGGGAGACUUAGAACCAACUGAUGAAAUUCUAACCAACCAUUGGCAAGAGUUCUUGCAAACACCUUAUGCACAAACUCAUGUACCAGACUGGUUCGACAAACUUCAAACUGUUAUUCACAGUCAACAAGAACCAGAAGAUGAACCUUGUGAAGGACAAGGUAAUACCCGAGAGGAAUGGAUGAUCCUAUCUGAUCUUCAUACUCCAUUUGAGAAUUCUGAACAAACACCAGAGUCAACAUAUGACUGGCAUCAAGAUAGAGCACAGUAUUCUGAACAACAAAUUCAUGAAAUUCCAGCAUGGAUAAAAAAUAAGAAAGAUAAUCAUAUCAAUAAUGAACACUAUGAAGCUGUUGAUAUCAACAGUUUCAGUGAAAUGCAAGGACUUGCUUAUAAUAUUGUCAAUACACAUUUAAGUAAUACUUCAUGCGACAAAGAACCGUUAUGCCUCAUUGUUAUUGGUGUAGCUGGUACUGGCAAGAGUUACCUUAUCAAUGCACUUCGCAAUCUUUUACAGAAUAAAUGUGCAGUCACUGCCACAACUGGUAAAGCUGCUUUUAAUGUACAGGGUAUUACUAUUCACUCCUUGUUGAAGCUACCUGUUGGAUCACGAGGUAAAAAGGAUUUGACAGGUCAGACUCUGUGCAGACUGCAGGAAAGUUCAAAUGGUGUUGAAUAUAUUAUCAUUGAUGAAUAUUCUAUGCUUGGUCAAGUUACUUUUGGCUGGGUAGAUAAACGUUGUAAGCAAGCAACGGGAUGUAACGACAAGGUGCUUGGUGGAAAAUCCUUUAUUUUAUUUGGCGACCCAGGUCAGUUGCCACCUGUAGCGGAUAAACCCCUUUAUCACGCCAAACCAUCAAAUGCUGUUGGUGAACAAGGAUAUCAAUCUUACAGUAUGUUUGACAAAGUGAUCAAACUCACUGUCAAUCAGCGAGUGCAAGGCAUGAGUUCUGAACAAGUCACAUUCAGAGAUUUAUUGUUACGACUCCGCAAAGGUGAAUCGACAGUUGAUGACUGGAAAUUACUUUUGACUCGUCAACCUUCUGCCAUUUCAAAUUUGAGUGAAUUUGAAGAUGCUACCAGACUGUUCUACAGCAAUGAACAAGUUGCAAAUUACAACCAUGACCAACUGAGUAAACUUGAACAUCCAGUUGCUCACAUCAAUGCUUGCCAUUCAUCAGCAAUUGCUAAGAAAAUUCCUUCAGAAGAUAUGUCUGGAUUAGAACCUGUACUGUUUUUAGCAAAAGGUGCUAGAGUGAUGUUAACAAUGAAUUUAUGGUCAAGUGUUGGUCUUUGCAAUGGAGCAACUGGAACAAUAGUUGACUUUAUCUUUGAAAGCAACCAUCGGCCACCAGACUUGCCCGUUGCUGUUAUAGUUCAGUUUGAAAACUACAGAGGGCCUUCACUUGAUCACACUCGGCUAUCUUGUGUCCCUAUAUGUCCAAUCACUGUCUCAUUCCAGUCAGAAAAUGGUUUCCACGAGAGACAGCAAUUACCUCUCAGACUUGCUUGGGCUCUUACUAUUCACAAGAGUCAGGGACUCACCCUACCAAAAGCUUGGAUAGACAUUGGUAAGUCAGAGAGAACUGCUGGAGUCUCUUACGUUGCAAUCAGUAGAGUAAAAACACUAUCAUCCUGUGUCAUUGAACCAAUGACGUACGAAAGAUUGACAAGCUUAAAAUCUUCAGCGAAUUUGCAGUUCAGGCUUGAAGAGGAAAACAGGCUAGAUCGUUUAGCACAAAGUACACACAGUGCAUUUAGCUCGUCAAACUAUUGUGGUUGA